UCGUUCUAACCAAAAUACCAAUAUUUUCCUUAAAAUUGUUUAUAUUUUCAAGGAGCAUUACGUAUACGUAAAAAUGAAAAUAUUAUUUCGAAUAUUGCGCAUCCAAAAAUAAAAUGGCAAUAAAUAAAUAAUUUAAACUUAUUAAAUGUCAUCACUGUUUUUGAGAAUAUUAUAACUUAACUUUCAAUUUAUUACGAUACGAAAUGGUGGCCAUAACAUACUCCUGUUUUAGUAAGAAGUAAAAAAAAUGAAAGUGCCACAACUUGGAGCACUUAGAACCUAGUUUUGAGCUCUGUUUACUUGCCCAUCAAAUAUAUGGAGGGAGCACAAUUGCCCACUUCACAGUCCUUCAGACAAAGGGAACCUGCUCCCGCACACAGAAGCUCUCAUUCCGAGGACUGCACUUCGUGUGUGUGUGUGUGUGCUCUUGAUUUGCAUAUAUGCAGGCCAAGUCGAGCAUCAGCAGCGGCUGCAAUAACAACAAUUGCAACCAAAACAAAGAUGCUGCGCUCCUGACACUGAAACCCGCACAAGGCCAAUCGACGAAAUCAGGCCACGCACACGAUUUCCGGCACGGUGGCGGUGGCGAUGACGAUGACGAUGGCUAUGACGAUGACGUAGCGAUGCUCCCGGCAAAUGGCAAACAGCCUACCACAGCCACAGCAGAAGGCCGGCUUCACCAGACCCACGGACACCCACUCCCCCAACAUCUGCCAUCUCCUGGAGCAGAGGUAACUGCACUCAAUCCUACACAGAGCAAAAAUAUUAGUGAGUCUCCAGUUCGAACGCUUUGUUACAAAAUUUCUACUUCUGUAACUUAUUUGGGUUAAAA